GUCGAGCCCGGUGCGCCGCCGAGAGGAGAGAGAGAGAGAGAGGAGCUGACGCCAACCGCCAGCCAGCGAGAUGCUGCGGCCCCCAGACCGCCCCGCCAGCAACCUGCCGCACGACGCCGGCCCCCUCGACCCAACGCCGGCCGCCGAAGCCCCAGACACAGAGACGGGCGGCGAGGAGGACGAGAGCCUUCCGGACGGCGCGUGCUUCAAGAGGGUGCCGAGCGAGCACUCGGCGUCGUCGUCGAGCAGCCAGGGACAGGGCCAGGGCCAGCAGGGACAGGGCCAGGUGGCCCCGACGACGGCCCGCAUCGUCGCCAGAGCCGCCGAGUACCUGGGUUCGUUCCCCGUCGCCGGAUCCGAGCAGACGACCAGGGCCGAGUACAUCAGGACGCAGCUCGCGCAGCUCAGGGGCGUGAGUCGGAGCAGGGCCGUCCUCUUGCUCGUCUCCCUGACGGGACUGAAGGUCUGCAGCCCUGACGGCCAGUCUGUGUUGAUGGCACACGCGCUGCGCAGGAUUUCCUUUGCCACGUGCGACUCGUGCCUCUUCAGCUUCCUCGCCAGGGAACCCAAGGGCCACUUUGCCCUCCAGUACUGCCACACCUUCAGGACGGCCACAGCCCAACAGGCCGAGCAACUGAGUUCGAUCGUGGGAAAUGCCUUUCGAAUGGCCUACGCGGCGCAGUUGCAGAAGCAGACGUCGCCGUUUGGACAGUUGAUCGCCUCGCCGCCCAUUCUCACAGCCAAAACUUCCUCUUGGUCGCCGCAGAAAAUCCAGAAUUUGGGCGAAUGCUCGCAAGACUCACCCAACAAUUUGAAUAAGAGUGACGUCAGCAAUACUAGUGGCGAGGAGAGCGUGUGGGGCGUGUGUCCGCCGCUGCCGCCGGAACGCGUGGACAGUCUCGGCGGAAAGGCGGAGGAGGAGGAGCGGGCGCUGUUGGCGGCGCCGUGGUUCCAGGCGGGCAUCCCGCGCGAAAUCGCGCUCGAGGUGCUGGCCCAGGAGCCGGUCGGCAGCUUCAUGGUGCGCGAGUCGACCACCAAGUUCGGCUGCUACGCCCUCUCGCUGCGCGUGCCCAGGGACUUCCAGCCCUCGGGCAUCGCGCACUACCUCAUCCUGCGCACCAACCGCGGAUACAGAAUCAAGGGUUUCACAAAGGAGUUCAGUUCGAUGAUGGCGCUGAUCACGCAUCACUCGGUGAUGCCGGAGCUGCUGCCGUGUCCGCUGUCGCUGAGCCGGUACAACCCGAGCUUCGCGCGGCCGUCGGCGGCCGAGGCCGACGCCGACCCUGACUACAACACGCUGGCCGACUUCCGGCGCAUGAUGGCCGAACUGGCGUGACGCACCUCCGGCCCCCUCGACUGUGAUGCCGACCGAGACUGAAUUCGUUCAUCAGACCCUAGUCCCCAAUCCGACGGCUGAGCGAAACGAAACUUGUUCGUGUCAAAUUAUGAUCCAAUUUGUUUUAAAACGAAAAUUCAAAUAUGCUGAGAGCUGCCGGCGCCGCUUCCACACUGAACUUGAGAAAUGAAUCGACCAACUCGAUUAUUGUGUAGACUCUCUGAUAAUAAUUGUAUAAUGUUACUAUUAAUAUUGGCUUGACGUCAGAAUAAAAUGGAAUAUAUCAUUGCCAA